CCCCUUCCGCGCCUUGCGACGUCUGACAGAUAUCGAUACUACUAGCAUACCGUAUACAUGAUCUAUUACAUUUCCAUGCCAAGGCUAUGCCACGUCCCAUGUUUCUCAGCCACUUGGCUCAAAACGUUUGCGAUUCUUGUUUGUCUCAGCACAAGUUGGAGGCCCGGGGAUUCUCAUACGCAGAAUGGUGGUCCUCUCCAACUCGUUGAAAGUGACAUUCCCAGAGGUUCGUGGCAUUCCAGUCUCAGUCUCCGGGGCCUUCGAGGAGUUGGCACCUUAUGGCGAGAUCAUGCGGCUGGAGCUGCUGCAAGACCAAGCGCAAGUAGUGGUGAGCUACUACGACUCCCGUUGUGCUGCACGCGUGGCAGACGAACUGGGCAGCCGAUGCACCUGGGAGCCACAGUAUGGGCAAUGUACUGUGCGAGCUUCUGGCAAGGUCGAGCUCCCUGAGAGCACUCUCGGCCAGAUCUGCGGUGCAUGCAAAGAUGAGAGCUCGGAUUUGUACAGCCUGAUCUUCUAUGAUGUUCGUGCUGCUGAGACCUUUGCGGCAGAGGUAGGUUUGAUCUUUGACUCCGCGCCGAAAGACAAGGCCUUCAUCGCUCCAGCGAGACGAUUGAGGGCGGCUCCCUCGGCCCCGCGCUAUUUAAACGAUUUGGGCAUCUCCCAGGUGGUGUGGGCUGACCUGGACAGUGGUCUUGAGACCAGAACGACCUUGCGAAUCAAUCGAUUGAACUCCAAGUUGUGCAACCCAAAGAGAUUUGAGAUGCUGCUGGAAGAAGCAGGGCUAGCACAGUACGUCGACGUCUUCCGCACUUUCACCACGGCGCGUGGCGACUUCGGCACCGCGCUGAUGAACAUGACCUCCACCGUGGGGGUGAAGAUGGUGGCGAAAUUCUUCCAUGGAAGACAGUGGGGAAAGACGAUGCCCGUCUCGGUGAGCUUUGCCGUCACACAGGGGCGAGACGAGGUGCUUGCAAAAUAUCCGAUGCAGGACUGCCAACUAGGCGUUGCGACUCGAGCCAGCAAGGCCGAGCCACUGCAGGUGAUGUUCACAUCCGUGGAGAAUGGUUCUGAGGCCAGCACCGAGGUGAGCGAUGAGGGCGAGUCAGAUGGCAGCUCUUGCGGCUCCACAGGCGGACCAGUCAGACUGAGCUGAGAAGGCAAGUUUUCGCUUCUUCCGAAGUGCCGGGGUAGUACAUAAUAGGCUACCGUGCCACCAGGUUUUGAGCGGCUUACCGUGGCAACCUUGCACGAAAGGGCUUUCAUCGCCCCCGCACAGGAAUCGGACCGGAGGGAUCAGUGCAUGCGGCAGGUAGACUUGAC